GCAGAAAGUGGGGCGGGGCGGGCCGCCAUGAGCUCAGGUGCCCAGUGACCCCGGUCACGUGAGCGGCAGGGCCGGGCGGCGCGAUGGGCACCGCGCUGGACAUCAAGAUCAAGCGGGCCAACAAGGUGUAUCACUGCGGGGAAGUUCUUUCUGGAGUGGUGGUCAUAACGAGUAAGGACACUGUCCAACACCAGGGUAUCUCCUUAACAAUGGAAGGAGCAGUAAAUCUUCAGCUCAGUGCUAAAAGCGUUGGCAUGUUUGAAGCUUUCUAUAACUCUGUUAAGCCCAUUCAAAUUAUAAACAGUACCCUAGAAAUGGUGAAGCCUGGAAAACUUCCCAGUGGCAAAACAGAAAUUCCUUUUGAGUUUCCAUUGCUUGUAAAGGGAAAUAAAGUUCUGUAUGAGACGUAUCACGGCGUAUUUGUCAAUAUUCAGUAUACUCUUCGAUGUGACAUGCGACGUUCUCUGUUGGCUAAGGACCUAACUAAGACUUGUGAAUUCAUUGUCCAUUCACAGCCUCAGAAAGGGAAGCUGAUGCCAAGCCCAGUGGACUUCACGAUUACACCUGAAACCUUACAGAAUGUUAAAGAGAGAGCCUUGCUUCCAAAAUUUCUCAUCAGAGGUCAUCUCAACUCGACUAACUGCAUCAUUACGCAGCCAUUAAUGGGGGAACUGGUGGUGGAGAAUGCAGAAGCAGCCAUCAAAAGUAUUGAAUUGCAGUUAGUACGUGUGGAAACUUGUGGUUGUGCAGAAGGUUAUGCCAGAGAUGCCACAGAGAUUCAGAAUAUUCAAAUUGCUGAUGGUGAUGUCUGCAGAGGCCUGCCUAUUCCUAUAUACAUGGUAUUCCCCAGGCUGUUCACGUGCCCUACUCUGGAAACAACAAACUUCAAAGUUGAUGGUGGGUAUGAAUCCUUUCAAGCUGCUGUCUGAAUUCCAAAUGCAUAUGUUCUCUGGGCAAGAAGGCAUGUUGUCUAGAUGAAUAACUUGUGACCUGGGCCUGGCUGUGACUACUACUGGCAAUUUCAGACUGAGAAAGGAGAACAGAGCAGGACCCCUGCCUCUGAAUAGGAAUUGUGAGCUCUGUUUUUGUCAUACUGAGGACUUGUGGGCUUGGAAGAAACUUUACCUAGGUUUCUUUGGAAACUUGUCCCAGGUUUUCCUUCUGACAGUCCCUUCUUAGAUAACAUUUGUGUCUGUAACAGCUAAGGGUUUGAGGGCUUUGUAAUCUCAUUCAGUAUUUCCCCAGCAUUCCUCCAGAUAGCUCUUCCACUGUAAUCUUGAAUGGCGAACACAUUGUUUAGGAUCAUGAGUUACUCUUUAUGGAUGCUACACAGAUGCACUUUUAUGUACCGAGUGGUUACAAAUCAGGUGAAGGGUCUGUCCAGGAAGAACUGGAGAUGUUGCUACAAUCUGAGAAUAAAGUUGGUUUUAAUCAGGAGACCUCAUUUGGAUCUUGCUCUUAAAGGAGAUAUCCAAAGGAAACCAUGGUUAAAUGCUUAAGGGGGAAAAAUAUCUUGUUUUUAUUGGAACUGGCAUCCUGGUCUAGAAAAGUCAUGCAUGUGCUUUUUGAUGGCGCUGUAUGCAGCAGGAAGGUAGCAAUAUUAUUCAUCCUAGCCAGAGGAUACUGACACAUGCCUUCACUGUAGAAUUAGCUAGCUAUAGAUGUCCCUGGAACAUUUAAGUUUGCCUAUGUGCCUACUUCUUCCUAGAACCCACUAUGUGCGAGGAUAUAUGCUUGUAAGGACAACUCACUACUUCUCUGCCAUGUGAAUCGGAAAUACUUCUGAACAGGGGGAAAUAAUUUCUUAUUACUAUGGAGUUACCUUGUAAGGGUGCAGCUUCAGGGGCAGUGCAGUGCUCAUCUAGCUCUGGAACGUGUGAACUAAUUUGCUGUGCAGUAGCUGGGGCAGCAGGGAACAGCAGAAGAGAGGAAGAGGAGAUAUGCUGCCUUUCAGGCUAUAAGCCACUGUCCCUGACCCUAACCCUAUGAUCUGAAGACACAAUGCCCAGUUUGCUGCUGCUUGAAAUGUGAACCCUUUCUCUGGCAGAGCAAGGGUUUUUGAGCUGCUAGCCACACAGACAUUGCAGCCUGCUUCACAGGACUAGCCAGCUUCUCUGCAUGUCCACACUGCUGCUUCAGGGAGGGGCUGAGUGCUUGAAAAAUAGCAGGUGACAGACUGAGGAGAAAUGCCUAAGCAAACACUUCUUCAGUACUUCUGCUGUACAACCUCUACUUGUAUUCUAGGAGGAGCAUAUCUGAAUGUGAUUUCUAGAACUGAUUUCCAGUGCUCUGCAAAGGCUGCAUCAUUUAGUCAGAAAACACUACUGGGGUGAUUGUAAUGUAUAGAGUUUGCCUCCCUAGGGCAGCAAACGGUUAAGUCCCUGUCUUACUGUUAAAUUGCCUUUGGGAGGGUUUCUGCAGUCUUACAGGAGCUUUCAUGGUGGCCUGAGGUUAGGUGGAGGCAGCAAAAGCACAUUAUUCCUUGAACACUCAACAGAAAAACUGGCCUGGUUCCCAGUUCUGCAGGUAAGGCUGAGCACCUUCGCAUUUUCUCCUUGUUGGUAACAAUCAGGUAAGAGAUUUCUCAUUCUUAUUGUCAGCUUUCACACCACUGCAUAGAAAGACUGGGUUACAGUUCAACUGUAGCCCCUAAAAGCAUACAGUAGUAUAACAGGAAAAGUAUGGCAGGGAAACAUCUACAAUCCAGAUGCAGCCCAGAAACUACCUUCUGCCCUCCUCUGCCGUUCACUUAUUCAAAACUACCUUUUUUGAAUAGCUAGCAGCCACUACUUGGUUUGAAGGGAGAUUCUAGAACAGGGGUGAGCAAUUAUUUCAGCUGGAGGGCCACAUCUCCCUGUAUUUCAUAUCAUCUCUUCUUUCUCUGGCUCUCUCGCCCCAUCCCUCCCUCCAGAACCCAGUUGGAGCUGUAGUUUACCAACAGCCCUGAAGCUCAGCUCUGCACCCAGACCAGGACUUCCGCUGUGGCAGGCAGCACUGACAUCAGCUGUGGAUACCAGCCAGCAGGUUCUGGAGCCCCAAAGCAGAACCUGCCUGCAGUAUCACAGCUGCUGCUGCUGCCCACUGCACCAAGAGCUCCUGCCUAAGUCCAUGGAUGAUGCUGCUGGCAGAUUUUGGGUGGGCGCUUCCACUGCACUGAGAUGGCUGUGUUGAAAGCCACACCCAGCCAUGUUGAAAGCCACAGCUGAUGCUGCUAGGUGAAAGCAGGCCUACCUGCCUACCCACCCACCCGCCCACCAACACAACUGUUGGAGCUGCCAGCCACCUGCAGGUCAGACCCAAUGAAUUGGUGGCCAUCCAUCUGCAAGCCAGAUUGAAUCUGUUAGGCCACAUUUUGUCCCCCCCUGUUCUAGAAGGGCAAUUUAAACAAAUCCUUAAAGAUGAACAUCAAAUCUGGAAGCUCUAAGAAAUGCUGAUGUCAACUGAACUCCCUGUAAAUAAACACAUUACAUUUUAGAAGUGAGCUCAUUAAAGUAGACUACAGGUUGUCUCUGCUUGAGUGGAGUGAGGUCUACAGGAAAAUCAAAUCUAGUUAACUUGAAAUACGCUAUAUUUAGAAACUCCUUCUGACAGCCUCCAUGUAGAAAUGGCCUGAUCCAUAACCCUGUUUGAAAAGGGCACAGCAACAAAGUAGGCCAGUUCCUAGUGGGUCUAAUCCUGGUACAAUGAUGGUAAAGUACCCUUACCACUUCAAAUGUAUAAAGCUUAGUUUUCCUGGACUUGAAGGGCCCUUGAAUAUGAAAACCAGGAAUUAUAUUAAGUAAUUCAAAGGAAAUUAAGAAAAUCUUGAACACAAACUGAGGAAGAAACUUAAGAGUCAUCUUAUAAACAAAAUAUUGCAAGAGGGGCCUAACCUCCAGAGGUCUAAGUCUUGCCAACUCUUCAAGCUGAAUGACAGUUCUUGUUCAGGACCCUGACAAACUGAUCUACUGUUGGGGAUCCCCAAAAGGCCUGGAGGCAAGUCAGCAACAGCCUAGCCCUGGUUGUCAAAGAAUUCUCUGCAGCGAUCUGCUAGCAAGUUCUGAACUCCUCUAAGAGGUAUGGUCUGUAGCAUAACUUGGGAGCAAGACCAGUCUGGAAGAAAAGCCUCCUGAUAAGAUUACACAUGAGCCAGCCUGAGGGAAAGUGGUGCUGUGGACAAACUUGUAUUUUGGUGCCCCUCACAGCCCUUAAGUCACUGACACUGCUGUCCUGCCACAGAAGUACUCCAUCUGAUAGGCCAGAGAGUGGUUAGGGCAUCUGCCUGUGGCAGGGACUGCUGGCCACAGCCCCAUGGAGUCAAAGCAGAGGGAGCAGGAGCCUGCACUGAGCAGCUGGUGAGUGCUGGUACAUGGGCUCCAGUGCCCUGUGCGUGCUACAGGGCUCCUCCAGGGCCUGGCAUGCAACCAGCCACAUCUAGGCGAGACUCAGCUGGAGCCCUUCAUUGCUCCCAUCUGCAGCCUCAGGGUCCCUGUGUGCACCACCCUGCCCCACUGCUGCUCCUGCAGACUCCCAGGCGGCCUGCUCCACCCCAGCCCCCUCCCCCAGGCCUAGAGUCACACAAGGCCCCAAGCAAGGCCCCAGGCCAGCACUGCUACCUGCGGCAUGUCUGCGCACAUGCACGGCCCUCCUGUCCACAGUGCUCUGGGCAGUUGCCCACCUCAGAAGUCAACUGAUCUGGCCCCUCCCUGACCCACUGUGCAGAGGUGUAGUAUUGUGUUUGUACCUGGAUUGCAGAUCCCUGGAGGGAUAGCAGAAAUAAAGUUCAUCAGAGUCUGGAACUUUUCCUCUGGAAGGCAAACUCUUUGCCAAUUUACACGUGAAGAUAGUUGUGUUCACAGUGCUGGCAACAAAGUUUAGCACUAGGUUCUGUGUGGGGAAAGGGCAGGGGGAACACUGAGGCAAUUGUAAAACUACUUGAACAGAAUCUAUCACUUCUUGGGUGAUCUUUCCUGGAUUGGGAUGCAAAUGCACUUUAAUAUCCUGCAUCCUUAAAUGAGUUACCUCAACUGCCAUGCAAAUGAAGAACUUCCUUAGUGCCAUAGAAAGACAAAUUCUUGUGUGUGUGACAUUCCUGUCAGGGAUCUGGUCAUUUCCUGUGGGCUCAAUCUUUGGACAUGUUAAGAUAGGUACAUCCUAUAGGUAGAGAAAUGUGAACUGGUCUUAAGCAGCUACUGAGAAGAUACUGGAGACUAGAAUCACUGUUCUUUUAGAAUGCGAAAAUAAGUUUAUCCCUUAAAAGCCUUGCUCAAAAUUUGCAGGGUCAGCCACUGUAACAGGGUCAACCAUACUCAACCUUCCCCCUGCCAACAAGCUUUUGGGAUUUUCAGUGCCCCAUUGCUUUGGGAAACACUACCUUAAGAGGACUUAAGCAUUGCAAUUCUGAACAGCGUGGUCUCUAAUUUUAAACACCUAACCAAACCGCUUAGUCAAAUUCACAUAGUUCAUAUUAGGCUCCCAGUACAAUACACUGGAAGAUUUGGGUGAUUGAGUGGUUCCUAAUCAAUUGAAGUGGUAACUUUUAAAGCAUUUAAAUAGGUAAAGUGUCCUCAGUACAUAAAGAAGCCACACAUUUUAGAUGUAGCAAUUAGUUUACUUGAUCACAAAACCUAAGUUAACAUGGAAUAUACUGAAGUGAUUACAAAGUAGUUUAAUACUUCAGAUGCUGAGAAAGUGUUUUGUGGACAACAAUGUUGUAAAUCAGAUAAUUGCGUCUUGUGUAACCAGUUAAAUUUUAAUACUUUCAAGAAGUGGUCCCCAAUCUGUGACUUACAGGUAGCAUGUUGAGUUGCACAGAUUGUUUCUUCAGAGUGACAAGAGAGCCAAACGUGAUGUUCCCUGCUGAACAUAACUAGGUCAAGUACUGUAGUUAAAGGGCUGCUGAAGAUUAGGGACUACUGCUUUUAUGCAUUUUUAGAGCUCAAAAUGUUUAGCUGUACUUAAUGUGGGUAGUCUUUGGGUUUCAUCUCACAACUUAUUUGACCAUUAGGAUAGCUUAAUCAGUACUUUAAGACUUGUAGAAAAAGUUACAUGACUGGAUACAGAAAAUUAGGUCAGAGGCAGCUUGAAGCAGAUUUUGAAAGUGCCCACAAUGAGUUUCUCUGAAUCACAAGACACUUGUAUAUUCUACUUCAAAUAAGAACAUCGACUGUUUUAAUAAAAAAUAAUUUACCACACCUCAUUUUUCAGAUGCUUAUACCCUCUGUGGCAGGGAACACAAGACAAGCCAGUCUAUGCAGAGAAUACAAAUGAAAUAGUAAUAACACUGCCUCAUUAGAAAAAUUAGCUAAAAAAGUUGUUUUAUUAGUUUAAGCAAAAAAAAAAAAAAAAAAAUCUGAACAAGGAGGCUUAAACCAUAUACUGUAUUACUGAUAAAAAUAAACCCGAUAGAAGUACAUUAAAAAAAAA